AUGGGCACCGAACCGUCCGUAAAAAAUGGUAGCCGGCUACCAUUUUUUACGGGCGACGCUGUGUUCGUCAAGAUCACCGUAUUAAUCACAGAAAAUCAUCGCCUGAUACAGAGAAUCUCUGCUAUUCAUUCUCCCCAGACAAGCGAGCUGGUAGAAGUCGUUGUGUUUUUAUUGGGAACUUUUCAAAAAUAG